AUGAGUUCCCGCAAGCUGGUUCCGUUGCCAACGGCUUUGGCCUCAACUAUCUCAAAUGCUCGUCUGGGGGCCGGUGCCUCACUGCGAGAGAGGGAUCCCGAAACGUUCAUUGCGCUCACUAUGAAUUGCAUGGAUGCUCAUACCCAGGCAACGAAGGCGAUGAUAGAAGAGCUUCAACAGCGUAUGGACUCUGGCGAGAAGUUUGACUGGGAGACUGAAUAUGAUAAUAUCAAGAGUCGUCUUUCCAAAUACUGUGAAUCGCUGGUGGAGGAAGCCGAGAUGAGUUUGGCACCUGAUGAGCUUGACUGUCCUGUGAAGUCUUCAGUGGAUUUGGUGCGUCACCUCAAGGACAAGAGUUCGAUCAACUCUCUCCAGAUCUGCACCUCCCUUUCGACUACCUCGCCCACUGUUUCCAGCCAUUCAGGUGGUUCAAAGAUAUCCCCAGCACUCAGCAUGCCUGAUUCAUUUGGCGAAGGUUACCUGCUUGCAUCUAGCAGACAGCGACUGCGUCUUUUUGCUGUCAGCAGCGAGGAUUGGAUUAAAUAUGUGUCUGAGCCUCUUUCCGUGGAUGAAUUCGAGGUCAUGCUUCCUGAAGGCUUGACUCAAGUGGAUGAGUCUAUCCACCUCGGUGUGGUGAUGGGUAUCCUGACCAAGCUGUACACCAUGGCAAAGCUGAUGCAGACCAUCCUGAUCAGUUAUGGGCUCGAGACUGAUAGCUCUCGUCUCGGAUUGAUGCACUGGACCAAGCAAUGUGAAGACAACGCAAAGUCCACAGACCUGAAGACACUGAUCAAGAUUGUGGAAAAUUUGUUCUAUUCCCUUUAUGCACGGGUGGUGAUCGAACUGGCCAGUGUCGAGCUGUGCGUUGGCUUUCGACCCAACCCUCGUUCCUUGGCGAGUCACCGUCCAUUCCUCCACCCCGAGCCAGCCCAUCUCUAUCGGAUAAUCAUCGCGUUCAAAGAUGCGCUGGACGCGCCCAACAUCUGUGCCAAUUUCCGCAAGGAUACCGCACUACACUUCCAGCAAGAUUACAUCACCCAAAUCGCGGACAAGAUCAAGACCUCGGCUGGUGUACCCCGGGAUUCAGCUGAAUACCGUCUUUAUGCGGAGGGCAUUGUGGGAAACAGGAAUGGACCUUAUUGUACGAAGUGGAAGACCUUGGUUACAUUCUUCAACGUGAUCCCAGUCCGGGUAAUGGUACUUCUGUCUGAGCAUUACCUCGCCGUGGCGCCGGUGAGUGUCAUGCCAGAUGACGUUCCGUUUGACGAGCUGCCCUUCAUCAACCCCGACCAGAUCGAGGAGAAGCAACGGGAUGCUGAAACCAAGAAAGAUCACCAUACGGCAACUUUGGCCAUGCUGGAAGGGACCACCAUUGGAGACGAGCGCAUGAAGGAUCCCAAGUUCCGUAUCUACUACCUGGCUAAGCAGCGAAAGUGCGUCUGCUCCGGACUGUGUCGCUGUGCCGUUGAGUGUACCCAGAAGGUCGUUCGCUGCUGCCCCUGUGCCGAACGCCAAGUGCGCGUCAUGAAAACGAAGCGCGAUCUCCGUUCCACGUCCUCUGAUCUUAUCUUUGAGACCACUGCAGGCACAAUGGCUCGCAUGUGCUUUUAUGGUCUUGCAUCUCUGCGGUGCGGUGUGACCGACCGCCAGAUUUCGACAGAGCUGCAGCGGGCUUUCGACUUGAUGGACGGAUUGAUCACCAAUGAGCGUGGCAAGGACAAGAACCCGCGCCGCGAGAACUCCAAGCGGAUCUCUUAG